AUGUUUGCUUACAUUCCGUCCUCUUCAUUCAUACACGCCUGCUUUUCCACCCACUGGCAGACAAUCGCCGCCAUGCAGGCGGCCUGGCCGAGCAACGAGGCGCUGAGAGACGCACUCCACUCGGCCGGCCUGGACAGUGACGUCGACGUCGACGUCAACGCUGACGGCGACGCCUGUCUCGUUCUCGACCUUUGGGCGAGAGUGCUGUCGACGGGACUGGUGCUGGGGCCGGAGCAGGCAGAGACGCUGCUCGUCGCCACACGCCGCCUCCUCGGCUCGUCCGCGGGAGCCUGUCUUGACGGCGACGGCGACGGCGAUGGCGAUGGUGAUGGCGAUUGCGACAGCCACGUCGACGUCGACGUCGACGUCUGUCGCCUCUCGGCUGCUGUUCGGCUGGCUCGACUGGGUCUGCUGCGAGCCGCCGCUUGUCUGUUGGUGGCGCAGGCCGACGGACGCCAGGUCGCUUCGACUCCGGUCCGGAGACACGAGACCGCUUCCAAAGCGACCGCCAGCAGCCUCGGCACUGCCGAGCUCGGACGUCCACGUCUCUUCCUCACCUGCCAGGCGGCUCUAACUGCCGCUGCCGAGUAA